AUGGACCUCUUCACACUAACAGGCCGGACAGCCCUCGUCACCGGCGGCACCCGUGGCAUCGGCCAGCAGAUGGCUGUAGCCCUGGCUGAAGCGGGUGCCGAUAUCGUUUUAGUUCAGCGCGACGAAAGCAACCUCGAAACAAAAUCACACAUCGAAUCCCUCGGCCGUAAAGCAUCCAUUUAUACCGCCGACCUAUCAAACCGCGAAGACGUCUCCUCACUCGUGAAAAGAGUCCUCAGCGACGAACAUGAUAUCUCCAUCCUCCUGAACUGCGCGGGAAUACAAAGACGGCAUCCAGCUCAUAUCUUCCCUGAUGAGGAUUGGGAUGAGGUUCUCCAAGUAAACCUCUCCACAAUCUUCGCGCUGUGCCGCGACAUAGGCGCAUACAUGCUCACCCGCCCCACGAAAGACAACCACCGCGGAAACAUACUCAACGUCGCCAGCCUCGUCUCCUUCCAAGGCGGCCUCACAGUCCCCGCCUACGCAGCCGCCAAAGGCGGCGUCGCACAACUCACGAAAGCCUUAUCCAAUGAAUGGGCGUCACGGGGUGUUAACGUUAACGCCAUUGCGCCCGGGUAUGUAGCUACGGAUAUGAAUGAGGCGUUGUUGAGGGAUCAGCAGCGUGCGGAGAGUAUUCUGGCGAGGAUUCCGAUGGGGCGGUGGGGUGCGCCUGAAGAUUUCAAAGGGGUGACGGUUUUUCUGGCGAGUCGGGCGAGUGCGUAUGUUACUGGGGAGGUUGUUACGGUUGAUGGGGGGUGGAUGGGGCGGUAG